AAUUUAUUUUAACAAGAUAAAGAUAAAUUAGAUAUGAUCAGCUUUUAGAAGAGAAACUUAUGCAAACAUUUUAACACUAAAUUAACAACAUCCAGGGCAAUGGAAAAAUUGCUAGUAAUUCUACUUGUCUACAUUUGCCCCAUCACAUUUAUCUUCGGGGAAAAAAAUAAUUAUACAAAUGAUUUCAAUUGGAUCCCCGAUGUGUAUUUCAUUGAAAUUAAAGUUGAUCCUUUAGUCAAAAUUCCUUCAUUUUGUGGCAAUGUUAGCAUUGACGGAAAGACCACAAAAGCAAACGCCCAACUGCAUUUACACAGCCGAGUUAAUAUAACAGAAGCAAGUAUAAUGAUCAAUGGAAAAAGUAAAAAAAUUGACUUUUACAAAGAGGAAUAUAACGGGCCAAAUGACAUCAUCACAUUGAACACAACCGAUCGCCUUCGAGCAAAUCAGUAUUUCACUCUGCAUUUAAAAUUUUGUUCUGUUUUAAGUGAAGGCGAAGGCCCAAUAUAUUUCAUUAGAGAAAUUGAAGGAAACAAAUUGAAGAGACCAUUAAUUGGCACAGAAUUUUAUUCUCAUGGUGCAAGAUCAUUAUUCCCAUGUAUUGAUCUUCCUCGGUUCAAAGCUAAUUUUCAGCUGAAGUUAUCCUCAGAGUCAGAUAUUCACACAACUUUGGCGAACAUGCCCUUAGAAAAAAAUCUAGAUGAAGAUUAUAACGCCACCAUGCUAUUCUAUCAGAGUUCACCGAUGAUUACUACGUCCGUAGCUUUUAUCAUGUUUAACAGUGACUUUGAGUGUAAAGUCCUCCCAGACAGUAAUACAAUUUGCCACUACUCAAAGACACAAAAAAAUAUUGAAUAUCUUGAAGAAAUUAUUUCCAACAUGCAACUCAAAAUAGAGAAGUUCUUAUAUUUAUCGCAUUCUCUCCCUAAGAUUGCUCAUAUCUUGAUAGGAGAAGAUAGGACUGAUUUGACGGAAAGUCGGAGCCUCAUUAAAUGGAGAAAUGAUUAUUUGAAAGAAAGAAACAUUAUGACAAUUGAUAAAGAGUUAUUAUUUCGUGAAAGAGUUGCAAAUAAAAUAGCCAAGCAAUGGUUUGGAAAUCUUGUAACUCCCAGGUACUGGUGUUACCGAUGGGUUAAUGAUAUUUUAGCAAAUUAUGUUGCAAAAAUUAUUACUGCUCAGUCGUACACAAACUCCAAGGCUCUUGAAUUCUUUAUUGCUAACAAAUUUUCUCGUUCAAUGGAAAAGGAAAUUUCUUAUCCAAGUAAAAGAGAUGAAACACAUUGCCAUGAAAAUGACACAACGGUUUUACCGUAUGAAUACGACAAUUAUGAAAAAGGGGCAGCAAUUUUGCAUAUGUUUGUAUCCAGUGUAAUGUCAGGAAAAGAGUUCCGCAAAGCGUUGAAAACUUACAUUAAUAAUAACAUGUACUUCCCAGUGACUCCUGCGGAAUUAUGGAAAGCUAUGGAAAUGAACUUAAACAGGGCUUAUCGUAAUAAGAUUAACAAAUAUAUAAACUUAGAUGUACUUAUGAAAUCAUGGACUGAUAACAAAGGAUAUCCAAUAUUGUCUGUACACCGUUAUAACACAUUCAUACUUAUCCACCAGAAAAGAAUUAUAGACAAUCAUGACGAUUCACAAUAUACAUAUUGGUGGAUUCCAAUUACAUAUACUACAUCAAAAGAGAAGGAUUUCACAAAUACGAAGAUCAAGCAAUGGAUGAUGCCAAUGGGUGACUACCAGAUUAUAAAUAGCAUUUACCACAUCUCUGCAAACGAAUGGAUUAUAUUCAAUAUUAGAAAUACUGGCUUUUAUCGAGUUCAGUAUGAUUUGCAAACGUACAAACUAUUAACGCAACAUCUAAUGGAAAAAGAUAUCAACGAUAUCCAUCCUCUGAAUCGUGCACAGUUAAUAAGUGAUGCAUAUGAACUGGUGAAAGCAAAUUACAUUGAAAUCGACAUACUUUUGAAUUUGUUGAAAUAUCUCGAGAAAGAAACACAUUUCCUGCCAUUUUGUGCUGGGGUUGAUGCCAUUUUGAACAUUAUGAAAUAUAAAUCAGUAGAGAUACAAAGAAAAUUGAAUAAUUUUUUAGGGAAAAUAAUCAAUCAAGCUUACAAAACAAUAGUAUCGACUAAUUUCAACUAUUCACAUGUAAUGAAUUAUAUGUAUAAGAUGAAGGUUGUUCAAACGAUUUGUUUUUUAAAUUUCAAAGACUGUACACUGCAUGCAAAUCAGUUAUCACAAGCUAUUGUGGCUAAUUAUAAAAAUGAAUUGUCAGUGAUUCCAGAUUUACAAGUUACUAUGUGGUGUAAUAUAGUAAAAAAUGAUAACUUGAAAGCCAUAGACUUCCUUCUUAAACGAAUUGGAGAUUGGCACACCCCUCAGAGUUUAAUGGAAAUAUACUUAGAAUCAUUAAGUUGCUCAUCUAAAGCUGAAAUUCUAAGCAUAGUAAUCCGUAGUAUUUGGUUCAAGAAACGAGUAUAUCAACAUGAAGAAACUCUUUUGAUUGAAAAUAUUGCUCCAAAAGAUUAUGAUUGUGUUCUAACAAAUUUCUUACAUGACAAUAUUGAUUGGCUUAUUAAUAACCAUGGAAGAGACAAAAUAAUAUUGUUCAUUAAAAGAUUGUCCCCUAGAAUUAGGACCUCUAAGUGUUUCGACCAGCUGUUAUUCCUAAGUGAUUCAAGAAAUAUUGCAUUACCAUCUUUACAGUCGAUUUUUAACUCAUCGUUAGAAAGAAACAUUACCAAAUGGAUCGAUGAACAGAGCAAACAAUAUUUUCUUUAUAAACCAUUCGAAUUUGGAUGUAGUGAAAAUUUGAACAACAAUAUGUUUUACAAACACACUGAUCACAAUUUUUUUAACAACACAUUACUCUAGUUUUAUUUGU